AAGAUUAAAUAGAAACAUUCAAAUAUCCGAUUUCUCAACUUAUUCCAAGUUCCAUCCAACACACUUCAAAAUUGUUAUCUUGAGCUCAUUGUGAGUUGAGAUAUGGCAAAAUCUGGAAAUUUGGUAUCCCAAAGAAGCUUCAGCUCAAUAUUCAAUCCAUGCCACACUGCUACCAAGGCCAAACCCUUCAGUUUUCUCUCUCAGUUUCACACUUACAAUAAUACUAGUGGUAGUGUAACCAUCACUGCAUCUACCAAAAGAAAGGACAACUUGGACUCUCCAUUGAUUGGGAAGAACACAAAUAGGGCAACCCGCCGUCUGAUCACAAUAUCACCGGCUGAUGGAAAAUAUAACGGGGAAUGGACAAGUGAUUAUCUUGUAUCUUUGCGAGACCUACAUUUACAGGAUUUGAUUGAAGUUGAAGAUGAUCCACGUAAGAAUGCACAAGUAGUCAUCAAUCUCUGCGUCCAAAAGCAUGCUAGCUUUGGCUUAUCGGUAGAUGCAAGAAUCACCACAUCCUUCCCUUCAAAAUGCAGCAACUGUUCUUCCCCAUAUUGCCGACAGAUUGAUGCAAAAUUUAACGUAUGGGUUCUCAGGGCUACAAAUAGAGAUAAACGUAAGACGCCACUACCUGAAAUUGGAGAUGACCCUUAUGUGAUAUAUACCAGACCCGGAUACGAAGUUGAUCUUGAUUCUAUUGUAAAAGAUGCCAUCCGGCUAAACUCUGCAGUAAAUGAUACGUGCUCGGAAUUGUGCAAAAAAUCCGAGGGUACUAUACAAAAUACAAGUGGACAAAGUCAGGCUUCUUUCGACAAAAGGUGGUCGAGACUAUUGGAACUAAAGAAAACAAUUGUAUGAUUCAUUGCAGAUUUACGAAGAUUUUAGUGUAUAGAAUAAUCGUCAGGUUACAUAUAGAUUGUGUGUAUAAUAAUGCAUUGUAAACAAUAUUAUCCUUUUUGAAAUCUAUACCAUUACCAAUGAAUACUUGGCAACCACGGAAA